AUGCUGGGGUGCACGCUGCAUCAGCCCCAGGUCCCAGCCGUGGUGAGCAAAGUCCUGGCCAUCAUGGGAAUUGAGCAGGGCUUUCGGGAGGAGGGCCGAGAAGUUCUCCAGACAGAAACCCAGCCCACUUUGGGGUACACGUGCAAACAACACACUUUGGAGGCUCCAACGAUACAGAGUGAAGUAAGCCAGCCCCCACGCCUGCUUUCCUCACUGGGUAGUCCAACACCAGGGCCCCGGGUGUGGGAUGGCUGGGUGAAUGCCAGCCGUGAGCUCAGCUGUUGGCUCCCCUGGGGCCGGGAGCAGGUGCCCGCUCCUCAGCUUGUCCAGAAGGACGUCUUCCCGCGCUGGGACAGCCUCAGCCAGGACCACCCUAACCGGCCGAGCAGUCAUGGGCCCUUGGGCAGGACAGUCGUCCUGCCCCUCGGAGGAGCUGGUGUCUUCCAACCACCGACCUGUCAGACGCUCAACCUCUUUGUCACCAAGGCCCCUUGGAAUGUGGGCCAGAUAUCCCAGAUCCUGCAGGGGGACCUGGUUAGGCAUGGGGAGCCCCCUCUGACACAGGCUGCCUCCAUGGGGCCAUGCUUACAGACCCUGGCCGGCGGCCUCCUCCAGGGUGUGGUGGACACAGACAGGCUCGGCCAGUGGGACAGUGAUAACUCAGCCCUCCUACGUGACUUUUGGUGUCAGCCGGCUAGCCAGCUGAGCCGGGACCAGCUGUCAGCUCUGGUCAGAAGAAUGGCUGCCCAGAAAGUGGUCCUGGAAGCCUGGCAGCUCAGUUGCCUGGCCAACCUCGUGGAGCAGCGUGGCCUCCAGGAUGAUUUUGAGCUGCACCCACCGAACCUGCUUCUCUUUUAUAACCUGACCCAGGUGACGGCAGAUGACUGCCAAGCCUUCACACGCCAUGCCGGCCAGGGAGACACAGAGCUGUUGGCCAACCUGCCUGACCAGAGGGUCGCCUUGCAGCGCAUGGCCCUGGACUGCCUGGGAAGUCCCGGGCCUCAGCUCAGCGCCUCGCACCUGCUCCUGCUCGGGGGUCUGGUGUGUGACAUGGACGCAGCCAGCAUCGUGACCGCUGACCCCCAAGUCCUGCAGAACCUGCAGAACUGCUCCCGGCUGACCACCACCCAGCAGGAUGCCCUCAACAUGCUACUGGCCAGUGGAAGGACCAAGCUGGGGUCCCCAGACUCCUGGAACCUGGAGGGGUUGCAGGCCCUGGGACCCCUGGCCAUCCAUAUCAGCCCCCGGCUGUGGACGCGGGUGCCUGAGGCCGUGGGCCUGGACUUUUUCCGAAGCUCGGUGACUGCAUUCCGGGAAGGGCGGCUUGGCCCUCGUGACGCCAGGCGCUUCGUCACUGGCUUCCUCAAGGCCAAGGUGGCAUCCCCGAGGUCCAGACGGGGCACAGGGAGAGCCUGCCUCCAAGGUGAUAUCACAGCCACCACCCUCCGGGAUGGCCUCUUCCUGGUACGCUAUGACUGCCCACAGCUCGAGUCCUGCCUGGACACCCGGGUGCUCCGGGCCAAUCUAGAUCCCCUGCUACAGCAGCCACUGCCUGCUGAGUGCCAGCGAGUGGUCAAGGCCAAGCUGAGUCAGAUCUACCCGCACGGGAUCCCUGAGGACCAGCUGAAGCGAAUCACCUCUCUGGUCUACCUGUACUCCAGCACUGAGAUUAAACAAUGGAACAUCACGUCCUUAAGCACCGUUCUGGCCUUGCUGGCGGCUGACGUGGCCCUGGACAACCAGACUGAGGCUGUCUUACAGAAGUACCUGGACCACAACGGUACCCUCACUGGCCCUCUGCUCAUAGCCAUUGGGGGCUCCCGCCUCUGCUGGAUGAGUCCCCGACAGAUCCAGACCAUUCGGCCCUCAGAGUUCCGGCUGGCCGGGGCCCCGGACAUCUCUGCCUGCCCACAAAGCCGGAAGAACGUGCUCUAUGCCAAGGCCCAAGAGGCCUUCCGUGACACCAUGCCUGCAAUCAAGUACUACCACCUCAUGCGCCCAUACCUCGGUGGUGCCACGGUGGAGGAGUUGCAGCAUCUGGCCCAGGGCAACGUCUCUCUGGAUAUUGACACUUUCACGAAUCUCAACCCCCGGGUGAUGCUGAACCUCAGUGCAGACAAUGUGAUGACCCUGCUGGGUCAGAAUGUGGGGGAUCUGCAGAAGGUACGCAGUCUCCCGAUCGUCAGCAGAUGGCUGGAUGGCCUGAGCCGCUCAGCCUUGCACCAGCUGGGCCUGGAUAACAACGCUGUCAGCUCUUCAGACUCAGCCUUCAUGACCCAGGAGACCCUGAACAUCAAGCCCCGGCCACCCCACCCCGCCUACCCCUCAGACCAGCCCAUGAAUGAUGCUGAGACCCCGACUUCAGGAAUUCCUCGAGCACACCUGGCGUCCCUGCCGCUGGUCCUUCUCCUGCCUUCCAGCCUCCUGUGGCUGCUACACCAGAUGCCCCUGUGCCCACCCAGGCCUGCCCACUGA